AGUUCCGCUUUAAACACGCUGAUCUGAGAUCCGCCUUCGCGUCCAUUCUGACCUUUGUCUCAUACACGAGCUGAUCUGAGAGCAACUAUGUUAAAGAGCGAGUUCCGGCUUCCCUGACGUCAAAUUUUGUAAACUUGGAGAUUCAAUUGAAUAUGUCGUUAAGUGUUUUGGUUCGCCGUUUGGGCUGCAGGCGGUUUGGCGGUGACGUAAAUGUCUUCCAAAGCGUCACAUUUAUCCACCGCCUCGUAUGGAGAGACAUCGCAGCGAUGCGCACGGUGUCAUCGCUGCCGUCAAGCGUUUGCUGCCGAGUGAAGCCUUGCAACCGCUGCCUAGCAACACGAUGUCAACAUCCCCAAAGCGCCAAGCGGUUUUCCACGCUUCCUCCAAAGCCUUCAUCACGGGACAAAUCCAAGAAAUCUGGGCCCGUCACAUGGAAGUCUUUAGCAGUAACCUUCGCCAUGGGUGGGGCUCUGCUUGGCGGGAUGAAGUACUUAAAGAGCGAAAAAGAAGAACUAAUGGAAAAAGAGCGCAACAAGUCGUUGGGGCGCCCGGCGCUGGGCGGACCAUUUUCGCUGGUGGACCACAAUGGAAAGUCGGUGAGCAGCAACGACUUCCUGGGCCAGUGGGUGCUAAUCUACUUCGGCUUCACGCACUGUCCUGACAUCUGCCCCGACGAGCUGGAGAAGAUGAUAGAGGUGGUGGAUGAAAUUGAUAAAAUAAAGUCUCUGCCCAAGCUGACACCCAUUCUCAUCACUAUUGACCCUGACAGGGACACGCCGGAGGCCAUGGGGGCUUACGUCAAAGAGUUUUCUCCGAAGCUAAUUGGCCUGACGGGGACGACGGCUGAAGUGGAGCAAGUGUCGAGAGCUUAUCGAGUUUACUACAGUCAAGGACCCAAAGACGAAGACAACGACUACAUUGUGGAUCACACCAUCAUCAUGUACCUUGUUGGACCCGACGGACUCUUUGUGGACUAUUUUGGUCAAAACAAAAGAAACGUGGAGAUCUCCAAUAGCAUCGCAGCUCACAUGAGGAAGUACAAGAAGGACAAGUGAUUGGACACCAAACAGGAUAAAUUAACCUGAUGAACUUGAAUCAAAAGUGUCUUUUGUUAUUUGUUUGAAAAUGAAAACAUAUUUAUCACAAUUCACAGCAGACUCUUCAAGAAUGUUGAUUUUUAAAUACAGCACUGCCUUUACGUGAGCUUUUUGGAGCUUUGGAGUUGGUCUAAUUUUUUUUUUUUUUGCUUCACAUUGUAAGCCAAAAUUUGUCACGUUAUCAUAAAAAGUUCGAAGUCCUGGUA